GGGAGCCUGGCUGGGCAGAGACAAACAGUUGGCUGCUUUGGAAGAUGCUCUCUAGAGGGAGGGCUGCAGGAAGGAGCUGACUGAACGCUUGGCGGCCCGACACCAAGGACUGGAGGAAGGAGGAGGCGGCAACGGCCAGCAGGGAAAACACAAGCAGGGCUUGCCUUUUCCCUCCACUAUUUGCUAAAUAAGGACAAGAAAGAACCAUUGUUAUGUAGAGGGGGAAGUCAAGAAAACCCCAAAAGACGUCCUCUUCCUCACUUCUGGCUUUCUCAAAACCGCUGCAGCUGGUUUCUUUCUUUCCCUCCCCUUCCUCUUCUCCAUCGUGGUUCUUCCCAGUUUCCCCUCUGGAGGAGAGUGCGAAGAAGAGCAGCAGCACGCGGUCGUUGGUUACUGUGAUUUGCCAAAUAACUGCUGCGUUUUCUCUUUAACCUGCUGCAAGACGGAGAAGGAGUGGCAGAGGCGGCAGCGGCAGCAACAACAUGUUUUAUGCAGUGCGAAAUGGCAGGAGGACUGGAGUGUAUCACAGUUGGGAGGAAUGUAGAGAGCAGGUUGACAAAUAUCGAUAUGCCAGCUUUAAGAAAUUUGCCACAGAGGAAGAUGCUUGGGACUUUGUAAAUGGUGAGUCAGCAGAAUCAUCUUAUCACUCAUCAGGCACAUUGGCGGGGAAUGCAAGACCUGCAGAUACAUCACCACCUGAUGACCCAGCGCCUGCUACUGAAGGUUUCAGUGGUAUGGCUUAUGAAAACCAGAGAAAUGAUAGCGACUGGGGUAACAAGGGUACAUCUUGGUCAGAUUAUAACACAUAUAAGAGACCAUAUGAACAGCCCUUAGAAAACCAAUAUAAUGGAAAGCGGGCAAGAUACACUGAAACAUCCUGUGCACCUUCUGAGAAAAAAGAGAAAAUGUCAUCUAUGGGAGACUAUGCAGUUGUUUAUACUGAUGGAUGUUGUUCAAGUAAUGGACGUCAUAAAGCACGUGCUGGGACAGGUGUCUAUUGGGGACCUGAUCAUCCUCUGAAUAGUAGUGAUAGACUUUCUGGGCGGCAGACUAAUCAGAGAGCUGAAAUACAUGCAGCUUGCAAAGCAAUUGAGCAAGCAAAGACUCAAAAUAUAAAGAAACUGGCAAUCUAUACUGAUAGCAAGUUCACUAUUAAAGGGGUAACAAGCUGGGUUCCAACCUGGAAAGCUAAUGGUUGGAAGACCCGCAAAGGACAAGAUGUAAUAAACAAAGAUGACUUUGAAAGACUUGCUAAGCUUUCAGAAGGCAUGGACAUCCAGUGGAUGCAUGUUCCGGGUCAUGCUGGCUUUCCUGGAAAUGAAGCAGCUGAUCGUCUAGCGAGAGAAGGAGCUGGCAAGUCUCAGUCCUAGUGCUUCAUAAUUUAAAAGUUCCACCGGGUUUUGAGGUAGUAAUAAGAGUUAAAUAAAGCCCACUGUUACAGGUUAGCAUUUCUGAUAAAUCUUAACAAGAGUUUGUUGACUCACCGCCCAGCUGCUUUGGCAUUCGAAAACUUUGAUAUGGUUAUUUAUGGCUGUUCUUAAGAGAUGUUCAAAUGUCUGGAUAAAAUUAUGAAGACACUGCCAAAGCAUGUCUUUUGUUUCACAGUUCUAUGCAAGUUGAAUGCAUUUUAUAAACUUUGAAAAGCAAGUGUAAAUUUUAUCUGUUAAAAUGUAUGAAGAGGGGAAAUGCAGUCUGUGCUGGACAAGUAUUGCUCACUGAGAGUUCUGAAAUAAAGUUUUUUUAUAUAUUA